AUGGAUGGGAGACGGGUAAAUGCUACGAAAAUCAUUGGACAAAAACGACAAUUUUCUUUGCAGAGCCGCUCAAAUUCCAGCAAUCGAUCGCCGAGACGGAAGCACAGAAAAGUGCACUAUUUGAGAAAAACACUUGUUUGAUAAAAAAUUUUCAGCGCAAGCACAAAUCGCGAAGAUCUCGGAGCCCGCGGAGCCGGACCAGAAGCCGUUCGUUCGAAAGGGGUCACUCUGGAAGCGGUCCCGCCAGAAUCCAUGUCAAUCCCGCGUUUGGGUACCUUAAAAUGAGAACAAUUCAACAUGUUGACGAAAACCCGUUCAGAAUGCAACAAUCGGUGCCGUUCGGAACGCCGCAAAUGUACCCGUCGACUUCGCAACUCCUGCAGCAGAAUAACAUGCUCGAGGCGGAAGUGCAACGGCUCAAGAACGCGCUGCUCGCCGAGCAAGGCGCCAAAAACAUUGAAAUGCACCGCGCACAGAUGAUCAGCCAGGAGAUUAGGUCUCUUUUUGAAACGGGAACAAAUAGUGUUUCUUCGGCGUCUUGAUGUCGAAAAUGAUACAGAUUAACCAUUUUCUUCCUGAGAACAAGAAAAAUCGAUCAACAUGCCCAACAUUUCGGUCGUUUGUUUGCAGGAAUCUGACGAUGCAACGAGACGCGGCGACGAAGCGGUGCAACGAAGUGCUCGACGAGCGAAGAGUUAUGAUCGACACGAAGAACGAGAUGGCCAAUGUGAGGGAACGCUUUUUGUACCAAAUUAUUCUACAAAAGGCGAUCCAGCUGUCGCAUUUUGUUGGCAGCAGUUUCGAAAAAUUAUCGAUGAACUUUCAAUCGUUUUGUUCUAAUUUACAUUGAAACCAAUCGUUUUUACCAAGUGUCUCUAUUCAGAGAAUGCGCAUAUUGGACAUUGCGAACCGUCAACUGCAAGACGAAGUGGCUCAAGCGAACCGGUAUUGCGAAGACAAAAAUGAGGUGAACAUUUUUUUAUUUCUUCUCUGAAAAAUGGCUCCGCAUUUAUUGAUUUCCUGGCUCAGGUUCUUUGUCGGCGGAAAGUUCCGUCGGCGCCGGUGGUUUCGCUUUGAAGCAUGGAAGCCAUCACGCUGAAAAACUAACAAUUUCCACUUAUUUACGUCGUGUUCGCUGUUCGCCUGCUUCGCACUCUCUUCUCUUUCUCGGUCUUUUGUCAUCCGAGCAUUUCUCAUAGAAAUUAACGAAAUUUGAUGAGGACAAUUCGGCAAUGAUGAUAAUUGCGAAAGGGUUAUGCGAAAUUGUUUUCAGAAAAUUGCGUGCUUUGCAGUGAAUUCAUGAAAACACUGAAUUUGACUAUAUUUGCAGGAAAUCCGCGGUCUGAUCUACCAGCAAGACGUGAAACAGCAACAGGUCGUCGCGCUGAACGAGCGAAACGCGGCGCUCAAGACCAAGUGCGAAGCGAUGGUCGCGCGGAAUCGGCAGCAACAAGAGGAGUAAGUUGGCGGCGGGCGGGAGAUGCACGCGUGGCACAGCAGGGAAAAUGGCCGGCGGCCGCCUUGACUCGCCCCGCCGGUUCUGUCCUCCUCCACUGCCGAAUUCGGUUCGAAUGCACCUUGCACUCUACGCCUUUCCUCUCAAUGGGCUGGUAUGGUUUAUAAAGGAUGCGAAAGAGAAGUACGGGAAGUUCGAAGACUUGCGGAAUUGCCUUCCACGGCUCCGCGAGUUCAAAACUAUCACCACAUUUUUUGUGUUUGCGAACAUUUUGAAACACGGAUGACGACGGACAGUGUGUGCCUUCGAUAAUAUUCCGGAAAAUGUUCUAUUCUUCUAAAUUUGCGCUUUCCUGAAUGAAGAUCACAAAAACACUUUUGCAGAAACAGCGCGAAACAACAGUUCCUCGACGCGGCGAAAUUCGAUGUGAAGCGAUCGGAAAACGAUUUGCAAUGCGCAAAUAUCGAAAUAAAGUAAUCACUGCACCGAUUUCUAUCCAUUUUUAAUAUAUCUUCUUCCCAGACGCUUGAUACGAGAGCUCGAAAGUGCCCAACGAAUGGAGUCGACGAGUGUGGACGAAAGGGGGAAAAUCGAGACGAUUCUGUUGCGGAAGGAGGACGAGAUCCGCGUGGCAAACCACAAAUCGGCGAUGGCACUCAAAACGGCACAGGAGACGAUCGACAAUCUGGAGAAUCGACUGAAAUCGGAGAAUCCGGCCAUUCACAAUGAUAUGACUGUGGUUAGUGCGUCGGAAAUCGAAAGGGAACGGUCUGGAGGUUUUUGCGAAAACCUCAGGCUUUGCUAAGGCCUGCAGAUUUCUGGACUUUUGACUCACUUUCAAUCAUCCGAUGGGAUCCAAACAUUGCAGACUUCUUAGACUUGGAUUGAAGUAUUUUGGGUCCAAGUUUCAGACCGAGCGGAUUGUCUAGUCCUGAGAUAUGUACUGCAGUUUAAGUCCAAGAAGCCUGAAAAGUUUGGGUCCGAUCGGGUAACUGCAACCGGGAAAAUGUCCGAAAGUUCCAGGAAGCAAUAUACAUGGCGAUAGAGACGAUGAAAACGACGUACGAGAAGCAGCUGGCACGCCUGGAGACCGAGAUUGAACUGUUGAAAUCGGAGCGGAUGAAACAAGAAGAUGACGUGGCAGAUCACGAAGACGGAGAAGGAGAAGGACACGGAGUCAUCGAGGAACUUCCCGAGUAUCUGCAGACGCCGCGAAAACCGGAUCCCGCCAAAAUGAGCACUCUUUUGGUGCGUUUUUCUGCGUUUCGAUAAUUUUGACUUACGGAAAAGGGAAAACGAAAUUUCCUAGAGCUCUGGUUUCCAUCAGGUUUCCGGGAAUUCGGAAAAUGUACAAGUGGUGCUCCGAACAAGUUUCCCGCAACUUUUUCAAAAUGCUCUUAUUUCCGCAGAAAACGAACCAAGUGCGAAUCGACGUGGAUCGCCCUCAUCUGGUGCGGCCGCCGCGUUCCGCAAGUGGACCGCCCGUCGAUUCGCCCGUGACGUGGCAUCGAAGAUUCCAACUGAUGGAACGGAAGAUCAACAGUGGAGAGCCGGUCGUCGUUCCGCUUUUCGGGACCACUUCACUCAACACAGGUGUGUUUAGAAAAGUGCGAAUUACUGGUUUCUGAGCGGAAACCCUAGGUUUUAGUAGUUUUUCGGUGUUUUACGGGCAAAAAGCUCCUUAUGUUUCUGAAAUUCUGCUUUCAGACGAUAAAGCUCCGGAAUGUUCUGCCGCAAUCGCCGACGCUUCGACGUUUCCGUCCUCUUCCGUUCAGCCGAUGGAAGCAGAAAUGAGUGGAACGGAAAAUGAGGAAAAGCACGAGAAAAUGCACGUGAACAUUACCGAAGAGGAACUUUUGAGCAUCGAAGACCCGGAACUGACGUCGCCGAUUCAGAAUUUGGAGCUGAUUGAAGAGCAGCAAUUACUCGCCGAAGAGGAUUAG